AUGUCCAACACUUCCUCUAGCCCCACCGGCCAUGACACUCACCAUGAGUUGCCUUCCAACGUCGCUGCGCCACUGGAGCACGAUCAAGAUCAAGACAUGGACAUGGACGUUGACAUGGACUCGGCUGUGAUGAACAGCAUCCAAGCUUCCGUGGAGGUGCCUUCAUUGCCCUAUCCUCCCGCGGCUGUAGUCUCUGUCACCGUCUCUGUCACCGCCGCAACUGCCGCAGAGGACGACUCCAUGUCUCUCGAGGAGGGCGAGAUUAUCGAAGAUGACGAGGACGAGGACUCGCUCGAGGAGGGUGAAAUCCGUCAGAUUCCCGCCGAAGAUCAUGAUUCUAUGUCUCUGGAGGAAGGCGAGAUCCGAGAGGACGAUGACGACGCUGUUAGGUCUAGUUCCCUCGAGGAAGGCGAAAUUGACGAAAGUGCCGAAGACAUAAUCAUGGCAGAGGCCCCCUCUGCCUCUAGCUCCAGCAAUCCGACCACCAACACCUCAGCUGGCCCAGUGGUCCCUCCCUCAUUCACAGCCUUUGGUCAGGCCGUGGUGUCCCAACCGCUUCUCGCAAGCCACUCAACGCUUGCUCCCCUCCAACCCCAGGCCCGCCAGCAACCCUUUCCUUUCUUCCAACUCCCUCCCGAGAUCCGUAACAUGAUAUACGGCUACAUGCUCACCUCCCCCGAGCCAAUCAUUCCUCACCACACCCUUCCCAUACCCCUCUGGUACUUCGAAGUCCAAGACGCCCGCAAAGCCGCCGGUCCAUUGUACGAUCCUCUGCCCACCGUGCUGUGCUUAUCCCGACAGUUCGCUCGGGAGGCCUCUGCUGUCUUUUGGCCCACCAACACGUUCCAACUGGACCUGACGCACCACAGGCUAUGGUUGACGAGGAUUGGCCGAGCCAACUCGUGGAUCAUCAAACGCUUGCACGUCAAGUGUUUUCGCGACUUCGUCAGUGACGAGGACUUCGCAGCCUGGACCAGAAAACUCGUCAUGAUGGGGAACACGGUUAGGAAGCGGUGUCCGGGGAUGACGGAGCUAGAUUUCCGGUUCGGAUUCCUGCGCACCGAAGCUGGAGAAGAACUGCCCGCGAGUCAAUGUCUCCGGUGUUUUGUUGACAACGAAGACAUCAGGAGGGCAUGGAAGCUGAAGAGGUGGGAAAAGCUCAGAAGGGUGACCAUUUACAUCCAUGAGGAGUGGCACGUUACCGCAUACGUGGCUAGGAUGUUGCAGGAGCUGGUUGGGAGGAUGAAGAGAGGGGUUAUGGUCGAAGGUAUCCAUGUGGCCACGGUAAAUAGUUACCGGUUACCGGGUGCGCCGCCUGACAUGAACCAACACCUUCACGAAGACCAGGAGCGGAAGUUCUUUGAAGGCUGGCGGACUAGGGAGACAGGGACUGUGGCGACGCAGAUACUCCCGUGGGAGAGACCAGUGGGUUGGCCCACCGUCUAUCGCCGGGGUCAUGAACAGAAUGUUGACGAAGCUUGA